AUGGCAAAUGGAUUUGAUCCCAGCAAGGAACUAGUCUAUUCACAUGAAAAACAGUCUUCUGAUUCGUCUGCAAGAAACACUAACCCACAGGGAACAUCUGAACAAUGGAGAAGGCCUCCUGAAGACGAUGAUGUUUUUGACACCUUCGGGUUCGGGGAUGAUGCGAACCUGCGGCACUCUUCCAAUCCGUGGGGUACUGGUGGCGCUAGAGGGGGCCAACGCGGUCAAAACUUUCGAAAUACGGACGAAAGAUCCUUGAUGACAGAGGAGGCUCCUAGACGUGGAUUUGAUUCUUCAAACUGGAGGAACCCAGGAGACAGCCGAGAAAUCGGAAGAUCUUGGAGCAGUUCUAGUAGCUUCCGAGACAGGACCUCCUUGUCCACGCGUUAUUCUCCCGGAGAAGGGUCGAAUGCAGCUACCUGGAGAAACACAAAAUCAUCAGAAGAAGACAAAAGGAUCGAAGCUGUGCCUUCGGGAGGGCGCCUUCAAGAAUCAGGAGCAGGCAUCUCCAGGGAUUUCUUCAGGAAGCCCGGAAGAGCAGCCGCCAAGAAUACCAAAUCGGAGGGAGACGCCGACACCCUUCUUGCACUGGAAGUAGUGCAAGACGGCCCCGAUGCAGCCAGCUGGAGAAAACACCGAGAACAAAAACUACAAGCCGAACCUUCCGAGGAAGAUGAAGAUUUUGGAGGCUUCACUGAAGAUGGAGAAACAUUUUACAAUGAUUCCAACUCGGUUGGUUACGACCGUUACGUAGAUGAGUCUACAAGCCAGCAGAGGCAAACUCACGCACCAUAUCUGCACAGGACUCAGCUGAGACGUAAAACCACCGGACCUUCCUUCACAGUUCAAGAACUUGAAAACCUCCUGGACGAAAAAUCCCAAGAUGCUCUCCUGAAACUGGAGAGUCAAAAGGACAAGCUUGAGGGCAUCUUGUCUGCUAGUGACCUAGAUGAAAACACACUGUUGUUGAUAAUACGUGUUUUGUCCUGUAUGUGUCAUUUAGAUCAAGUCUCUAAAACAGCGUACACUCGAGAAGUAAGCAUAAUUCUAAGUAUGAUUGAAUCAUCUUUGUUUCUCAGUAAGCAUUUGUCUAGGUACCUAGUUGGCUUGUGUUCAAAGCAGGCAGACGAUUGCGACGAUGAAGAAACCAAAGAUGUGAGGAACCUUGCAGAGGAUGUAGACAUGAUCUUGGACAUUCUUAAGCUGUUUCUGAUAACAAAACCCUCUGCUUUCUCGGAGGUAGGCGUAGUUAUGGUUCUCUUACAGAAAGUAGUGACUACGGCAGCAUUGAAUAACAGUGAGUUCGACCCAGAGGGUUCUCGGAUGGCUAAGGUAGAGGUGGUCAAGGAAUGUUGUAACUGCAUGGAGGAGUCGCAGAAGACAGCUAGAGAACGUGUCAAGGAGAAGCCACCUCCAGACGAUUUCAGGGACAUUCCCAUCUUCCCAAGGAGCACAGAGCUUCGCCAGAUGGGCAAGCCCUUUCUGAGGAAGAACAUUGUUCGAGGCAGAUACGACAGUGUUGAGCAUUACCUUGACGUUCAGUUCCGCUUAUUGAGGGAAGACUUUGUGGCGCCGAUGCGGGAAGGAAUAACCGAAUUUCUCUCCACCACCCACGGCCGUCUCCAAGACAUUCGUAUAUAUUACGAUGUCUUUGUAGAGGCUGCGAAGACAGCAUCAAAUGGAAUCGUGCACACACUGAAGUUUGAGUUGAGGCGUCGCCGACCUGAGCGAUGGGAGACCAGCAAGCGUCUCUUGUAUGGGUCCUUCGUCUGUCUAUCAAGCGAUAACUUUAAGCACAUUUUGUGUGCUACUGUGGAGAAUAGGGAUUUGACGGAUCUUGAAGAUGGAAGGGUGCAUGUUCGCUUUCUGACAGAGGUGCCUCUUAAAUGUAAGGGUCCCUUCAUCAUGGCUGAAUCAGCUGCUUACUUCGAGGCUUAUCGGCACGUACUUAAGGGGCUCCAGCAAAUGAAUGAGAAAAAUUUCCCAUUCAAGAAAUACAUCGUAGAUGUAGCCUCCAAAGUAGAGCCACCUGCUUAUCUACAAGAUGAUGAAGAAGUUACGUACGACCUGAGACCACUUGUCCAAGGUCCUGUUGAGCAGUUGGAUUUCCAAGACCCGCAGACAGUGAAAGACAUCGUCAAUGCAUCCUAUGUGCCAAUCUUGGACCCAGGGAAUUGGCCGAGUGCAAAAAUCCUACACCUUGAUGACUCUCAGUUGACUUCCUUGCAAACAGCUCUGACCAAGGAGUUUGCCAUCAUCCAAGGCCCUCCAGGUACAGGGAAGACCUACAUCGGUCUGAAGAUAGUUGAACUGCUUCUGUAUAACUCACCCUGGAAUAACAACCAACCCGAAGAAGCCAAGACCUCACCGAUCCUUGUGGUCUGCUACACAAAUCACGCACUGGAUCAGUUCCUUGAGGGUAUUAUUGAAUUCGGUGAACAUAACGUGGUUCGUAUUGGAAGCCGAAGCUCCAGUGUCAAACUUAAGAAUAAGAACCUGGCCAUGUUGAGGAGACACAGACCAGCCGAUAUUUAUCGGGAAGAAAAGGAAAGACUCAAAAUAGUUGAGGAAGAACUAGCAAAGCUAGACCUAGCAAUUCAACGCAUUCUCUUUAUGUUUCAUCUUCCAAGCAAGGUUAUUCUUGAUGUUAAAGCUCUGCAAGACUUCAUGAGCAUGGACAACUUCAGGGAACUGUCAUCAAAGCAGCCGCAGAGUGAAAAAGAAGCUAAACUUAUGAAUUGGCUUGACGUCGGUGAUGAACCAAAUGAAAAGGUGGAGAAAGUUUCGGACAAGGAGUCGGAAGAUACUGGUGAUGUCGAAGAUCCAAUGGAAGUGGAAGAUGAGGGAGCGGAAAUUCAGCGGGAGCGUCAAAUUGACGACUCUGACGAUGACUUUGUCACAGAUCGUGACCAGCACAGGCAAGCUCUAGAGCGCGCGAUUUGCAGUGAAAAUGCUGCGCAUACCAUGGAGCGUACUCUAGAUUCUAAGUCAGUGGCAGAGAUGCAAAAAUCUGAUGUAAUGACAGAUCAGCGGGCUGACAGAUUAAAACGCAUCUGGAAGCUUGACUUGAGUGACCGUUGGCGUCUGUACAGGCUCUGGGUCAAAAGAUACAAAGACAGACACGGGGCAAGGCUAGUUGAGCAUCGAGAGCGAUUUGAGGCCUUUUCUAAGGAGCGGGAGACUUUGAAAGCUCAGGGUGACCUCGAGGUUCUACGCGAGGCCAACGUGAUUGGUAUGACGACAACUGGUGCGGCAAGAUGUCGGAAUGUUCUGCAGCGUCUUGGUCCUCGAAUUGUAGUGGUGGAAGAGGCUGCAGAGGUCCUAGAAGCACACAUCAUCACCACCCUGACUGAAAAAUGCCAGCAUCUCAUUCUCAUUGGUGACCACCAACAGCUGAAGCCUAAUCCAACUGUCUACCGCCUGGCGAAGCUGUUCAACUUGGAUACAUCCCUAUUUGAGAGGAUGAUCAACAACGGUGUCCCUUGCAAGACACUGUCACAUCAACAUCGCAUGCGUCCUGAAAUCUCACAACUCAUGAAGAGACAUUUCUAUAAACGGCUGCACGAUGAUACAUGUGUACUGGAUAUGGAGAACGUCAUGGGGAUGCAACACAACAUGUUUUUCAUCAACCAUCAACGAUUAGAGGAUGGGCUUGAUGACAACAGGACGAGGUCCAAUCAGCACGAAGCCGAGGUCUUGGUGGGCUUAUGCAAGUAUUUGUUGGAUCAAGGCUACGAUCGCUCCCAGAUAACUAUACUCACCACAUACAAGGGUCAGUUGUUCUGUAUUAGGCGACUCAUGGAUAGAGCAACCUUUGACGGGGUUCGUGUGUCUGUUGUAGACAAUUUCCAAGGAGAAGAGAAUGAUAUCAUUCUGUUAUCUCUUGUACGAAGCAACGAGGAGGGUUCCAUCGGGUUUCUCCGCACUCAAAACCGCGUGUGUGUUGCGCUGUCCAGAGCUAAGAUGGGGUUUUACUGCAUCGGAAACUUCACCAUCUUAAAGAAGGCCCAUAUCUGGAAAGACAUCAUUACUACUCUUGAGGCUCAGAAAAAGAUCGACCGGUGGCUUUCAUUAGUCUGUCAAAACCAUCCUUCCAAAGUUACAAGGGUUGCCACUUCCAAAGACUUCGAAGAGAAGGCCUCUUGUGGUGGAUGUGACAGAUUAUGUGGUCAAACACUUACUUGUGGUCACGUUUGUCGUUUAUUUUGUCAUCCAUACGACCGCCAGCACAAAGACUACGAGUGCCACGAACCAUGUCAGAGAUUUUGUCAACGGGGGGAGCAUAAAUGUCCCCUUGAGUGUCAUGAAUCAUGCGGGGCUUGCUACAAGAAGGUUCAGAAAUUAUUCCAAAUGUGUGGACAUGAAACGCAGGUUUUGUGUCAUCAAUUUGACACGGUCUCUUGUCCUGAACCCUGUAAGAAGGUUUUUGCCAGCUGUGGUCAUCCUUGUCAGAGAAAAUGCAGUGAGCGGUGUGAGACAUGUCCAGAGAAAUGUGAGGAGUCACUGGUUUGUUGCCAUCCAUGCACGGAGCCCUGCGGAAGGCCAUGUAACACAUACUGCGAAGUCAGAGUCAAGAGAAUCCUGGAGACGUGUGGUCAUGAAGUCACGAUGGACUGCAGUCAAACUGAGAUUCCCUGUCCCAAACCGUGUCCCAAGCUUUUUUCGAGCUGUCAGCACCAAUGCCGGAGGACAUGCGGUGAAAGUUGUUUGGAAGCCUGUCCUGAAAAGUGUGGAAGGAAGCUAAUGUGUGGUCAUCCCUGCAAAGAGCUUUGUAAGGAGACUUGCACAUCUUAUUGUAAGGUUAAGGUCACGAGAAUCUUGUCGAAGUGUCAGCACAAGGUUCUCAUGGAGUGCGGUGAAAGCCCUGAAGCAUUCCAGUGCACAAGACUUGUGACCAAAACUCAUCCUUCAUGUGGCCAUGAUGUCCUGGUGGAUUGCUGUGAGGAUCCUGGAAAGGUCAAAUGCAAGAAGUCUGUGGUCAAACAACGGAAGAGCUGUGGGCACCAAAAAGCUAUGCCCUGCUACAUUGAUCCCAAUUCAAGAGAUUGCACGGACAGAUGCAACAAAGUUCUUCGCUGCGGCCAUCAGUGUCCAAAUGCUUGUGGGAAACCGUGUGAGGCUUCCGACAUCUCGCCGAUACUGGCAAUUUCUUAUCUGGACGCUUUCGAAGAGAUUGAUGACUUGAAAGUUUGUGAAGUAAUUGUGGAGAAGUCUUAUCCGUCUUGUAGUCAUGUCAUUAAGCUCCCAUGUCAUAAGGAUGUGUGUGAGGUACCUUGUACUGAAAUAUGCAAGAAGAUAUUGUCAUGCGGUCAUCUGUGUCCUAAGAAAUGUUCAGAGCCGUGCCCGAAAGAAAAACUCAGUAGAAGAAUGAUAUAUUUUUAUGUAAAGCACGAGUUCGAUUUUUCUGGAUAUUGUAGAGACAAAUGCAAGAAGGUACUGUCAUGCGGUCAUGUGUGUCCGAACAAAUGUAGUGAACCCUGUCCUGGUGAUGUACACUUGUUGUAUGGUUCUUUCAUGGUAGGCGUCUCGACAAAGUGCGAGAAACUUGUUAAGAAGAAGCUCCCUGGUUGUGGUCACACUGCUGAAGUGGAAUGCCACAAGGAUGUCUCAGCUUUAUCCUGCUCUGAAAUUUGUGGUAAGACGUUGUCCUGCGGCCACGUCUGUAAAAACAAAUGUGGAAUUGCUUGCAAAUGCCUCCGUAGCGUGCUGAAAACGCUGCCCAAUUGUGAUCACACCGUUCGACUUUCUUGCUAUCUAGAUUUAAGUUCCUAUGAAUGUCAAGAGAAGUGCGAGAGGAAACUUGCAUGUGAGCACGGGUGCCCCAACAAAUGUGGGGAGCCUUGCCCCACUGAAGGGGCGUUGCUCUCCGACGAAGAUGAACCGAGCAGCUUACUUCGUUUUGCAGCAACAGCAGCAAGAACUCCUGCAAGAAGAUGCACUGAAAUUGUGAGGAAAGAGUUUCUGGAUUGUGAUCACAGUGUUGACCUCCCAUGCUUCAAAGAUAUCAAGACGGUAUAUUGCAGUGAAAGGUGUGAGCAGAUUCUUCCGUGCGGUCACCAGUGUCCCAAUACAUGCAGUGACUGCUUCGAAGAUGAUACUUCGUCAAACGAAGAUGAGCCAACAGUGCACCGGCCGCGCCAUACAGUAUGUGAAGCGAACGUCCGGAAGAUCUUGACUUGUGGUCAUGAACAAGAUAUGGCUUGCAGGUCUGCUGGUGACUCGGACCACGCGUGCUCUGAACCGUGCACCGGCGUCCUAGCCUGUGGCCACAGAUGUCGUGGUAACUGUGAUGACUGUGAGGAAGGCGAAAAACACGUACCGUGUGAAGAAAGCUGUGAACGGCAGCUUCUGUGCGGCCACACAUGCCUUCACGAAUGUGAUACAGUUUGUCCACCGGACUGCAUAAGCUGCAGGAGAAAUUCCAGAUCAAAUCAGAGUCGCUCAAGUCGGCACGAGUCGCAGGAUUUAGAGACUUACCGAUGUACCCAUCGUGGCAUGAGAAACCGUCAACUGAAAUCUAAGGCCUGCAUACUUCGUUGCACCCAGCUCUGCAAACGUGGAAAACAUACCUGCAUCGGUGUAUGCGGGGAACCUUGUCCACCAUUAUGCAAUGUCUGUGACGAAUUUAAAUGGAAAGCUGAUAUGCCCAAAAACAUUCGCCAAAAAGACACUUUCAUCUACCUACCAGACUGCGGCCACCUUUGCGAGACUCGAACCCUCGACAGAAUGGUAGCUAAUAUCCAAAGUCACUUAAGGACCGGAUUCUUCGAAAUUCGUUCCCUGCUAUGUCCCAAAUGCAAGGAACCAAUAUUGAGCUGCCCUCGUUAUCAGGAUACUCUUGGUAUUAUAAAGAAAUCAGUUGAUGCAGCCAAAAAGAAGUGCAACCAAAGGAGAACAAUGUUCUCUGGGUUGUAUAUGACUUCUACUUCUUCGGGUAAGGGUGCUUCUUCAAGUGUGUCCUUCGCAGUAGGUAGAUGGUUGAGAUGCCCUCGAGGUCACGUGUUCUGUCUUGAGAAUGACAAACAAGCAGAGCAGCAGGAACCAGCAUGCCCCAAAUGCUCCAAAGAGUAAUUUGUUUACCACGUUAUUGGAGUUAACCUUGCAAGAAAGGACAGUCUCAUUACUAAUGCUGUACCAUCCAGUUUCGCUAACGGAACUUUCCCAACGCUUAAUUCUUGAUCGCCACAAAAUCGAGCCGCUCUUUUCAUGUGUUUAAAUGAAGAUUUUUUUCCUCACAGUCGAAAAUUUGCGAGAUGAUAAAGGCGUAGAAACAGCAACUUUUCGUGUGUUUAUUUUGUGUUUUUUUUUUUACAUUACACGAAAAGAUAUUCGGAUAAUAAUGUUGAAAAAGUAUGAUAGGGGCACCCGCGAAGCUAAAAUGCUUGUCUUCAAUAUAUUGGAAUGUCAUAAGCAUUUAUUUGAAAUAGAUAGCAAAUUAUUGUUAGCUUUCAUACCGUAGCAUUGGAUAGAGCUAUAAUGUGUGGUAUACACAGCAGUAAAAAGAUUUAUUAAGAAAUGAGAACAGAUUUGGCAAGGUGUUAAAUCAGAAAGUUUCACUUUAACAGAUAUAGUUUCUUUAAAACAUUGAUUGGAAUAUCACCGUACGUUAAAGUACUUUUACUACUAUGUCAAAAAUGAAAAUAUGCAGGGAUGCAUUAUAAAGCGAGUAACGGGAUGGUUUUUGGUAAACGGAGAUCCCAUAGAAUUCUCAGUAAUAGUACACUAUACAUUUGUUUAAAAAAAUAUAGUCCGAAAAUCUUUUAUACAUGUAUACUAUCAUGGUUAAUUUUCAAGAAGUAAGUACGAUAUUACAUGCUUGUACGUUCAUAUAGUUUUCGUAUAUUCAGUAGGCCUAUUGUUGGCUGCUUGUCUUGAGCGAUUAUAUUUAAAAUAUGUUAGAAUUAUCAGCUUUAAUGCUUUGUUUCUAAAUAACCAAACAUCAUUUGAACAUCCUCAUUUUGACUGACUGUGAAAAACGAUUUAAAGCAUGUAGUGAGAGCCAUAAGGGCCUAGAGCACAAUGAACCGAAGAUUGUAGAAUAAUGUACAAGCAGUAAAUGUUUAUGAGUGCAAUGGUAAGAAUAAUUUCAUGACGUGAAAGGUACAACAUUCCUAUAUAUCACUGAACGAAAUUAUUCUUUCCAUUGCACGACUGUAAAAUAUUGAUUAUGCCUAUUCGUUCAAUGAUACAACGCCCGAAUAUAUCCUCGUCAUCUGAACUUCUAUUACCGUGGAAUGGAACUUCUAUUUUUGCGGUGCGGCUGGGCAGUGGGGAAAUGGGACGAAUAAUUUGAUCAACGACAGACGCUCCAAUCAGAUGACGGGGAUAUAUUCGGUCGUUGUAUAAUACAGAAUUCUUAUCCUUGUUACAAAAGUGUAUGUUUUGUUUAUUUUAAUACUAUACCAUAUUUCAUUUGGAUGUCUGAUUUGUGGAAGUGUCUAUUUUUUAAUGUGUAGGCCUAGUGAUAUCAUUUUGGAUAGCUCUAAACAGCCAGUGUCAAAUAUUUCAGCAUUGUUCCUGUUAUCGCCUAGUUAUUUGUUUGCCAAAUGUCAAGUCAAAUAAUGUAAGAUUUGUCUAAGGGAUGAAUUGGGCCUUAUCAUUUAAAACGUGUAGUGAUACUCUUUGUAGAAAUUGCAACAUGUUGUAGAAUAAUAUCAAGUUAUGUUCUGAUGUUAUCUAUCUAGUACCAUUUAUUUGUUUUACCUUCAUCCCAAAUCAAAUAUGAAUGACGGAUUAGAAUGUGUUUCACUAUAAUGUGAGCUUUAUGUUCAAUGGAAGGAUUUUUUUGGUACGUUUGAGCAAGCAGUGACCUUUUCAAAAAUAUUAUUUCAACAUUAUUGUAAUUGUGAAAACAUUUAAACACUUAUAAACAAUGUCCCUAUAAGCUAUCGCAGCUUCAAAUCACUCCUACAGGUCGAUACAUCUCUCUUCUUUCAUGAAAUAGCCACAACUUUUAAAAAUAUACCUCAAUUUUGCCAGAAACAGAAAAUAUAUUCAGUGCAUAUCAGGACGACUGUCAUGAUGGCAUUUGGAAAGCUAAUAACAAUAACCGAAGAUCGUACAUAAGAGAGGCAUUCCCAUUGUGUUGUGCACAACAUUUCCAACUCUAACCUCAAUUUUCCCUAAUAUCAAACCUCCACGAAGUUUGGUAUACAUGUAUUUACGAAUACAACUAUAACUGUUUUGCAGAUGAAAGUACGGUGUGUAUAAUCUCAUCAUUCUCUGGAAAUAUAUACGUGUACUCUUAACUUCCUGAUCAUGGGAAUGUUCCAGAUGAUGAUGAAUGAUCAACAUUAUAACUUGAAGCGUGAAUUGCAACAAUAAUUGUCUGCACGGAAUUCAUAUAUUUUGCCAAAAGCGAAGAAAGUGAUGAUCAAU